UCCAACAACAACCUUAUCCUCCAAAUGUUCCAAAUUUCCAUGUCUUCUAAAUUUUCAUGCGCCAAAAAAAAUAAACAAAACAAAACAUGGCAUCAAAUUUUCUCUCAACAGCAAAUCCCUUCCAUCUAGCAUCUUCAUCACAAUCUUCAUUAGUAACACCAACAUAUGCUUACAACCCUAUCAAAUGCAAUUUGAAAAGACAAUUAACUCCUUGCAAAGUAGUUAAUCAACCAUCACUAAGUGUGACUAAAAGAGACAUAUCUAUAGGUUUUAUGACCAGUUUGGUCCUUUCAUUGAGUGGUAAGGGUUUGUUUGAUGCUAAUGCUGCAAUACUUGAAGCAGAUGAUGAUGUUGAACUUUUGGAAAAAGUAAAGAAAGAUAGAAAGAAGAGACUUGAGAAACAAGGUGUCAUUAGUUCAUCCACCAAAGAAACAGGGUAUCUUCAAGACUUGGUGUACAAAUUGAGUGAAGUUGGUCAAGCAAUUGAACAAAAUGAUCUAACUUCAGCUGGUUCUGUAUUAGGGAAAGGCAAGGAUGCUGAUUGGGUGCAAAAAGCUAAUAUAGCUUUGAAUAAGCUGAGUUCAAGUCCUGAAGAGAAGUCUGAGGUGGACACAUUCAAUUCUUCACUUGCUUCAUUGGUUUCAUCAGUUGCUCAGAAUGAUGUGGAGUCGUCCAAAAUUGCCUUUGUGUCUUCAGCAUCUGCAAUUGAGAAGUGGACCUCGUUGACAGGGCUGGUUGGUAAACUUAAAGGAAUUUGAACCUUGAGUGAAGAAGCUACAAGAAAUUUUAUUUCAUCUUAGAUAUAGAGAAUUCCAUUAAUUUUCUCUGCUGGCUCACCAAAUUUUGGUGUCUUGGGGGCAGUCCCAUCACAGCUUUAUUUAGGAAAGAGAAAGACCAACAAGCUCAUUUUUCACGGAUCAUGAAUGAAGUUUGAGCUUGGAUGUAAAUUGUCUGGCACAAAAUUGUAAUUUUAAUUGUAAUGUCAUUGAAAAUUUGACUACAUGCAAUAUUGUUGUUCCCUCAAA